GGUCACCCCCCCCUUGUUAUCCCUCAAUCCAGGGGCUCCCUGCUGCCUUGGGUCUGGGAGCUGAGGUGGUGCUGGAGGCCCAGGGGCAGGCCGGGGGCUUCUGCCAGGGACUCGGGCCCUGACCCAGCCCCCACCAGGCCGCACCUCUGCAAAGUCCCUCCUAGAGCCCUGGACUGAGUCCAGCUGGUCCCCAUGGCACAGAUGGGGAAACUGAGGCCCGGGAAAGUGGAGUGUCUGGCCCUCGGCCACACAGGAAGAGACAAGAACAGAGGCCCAGAGAGGUUAAAUUACUGCCCCAAAUCACACAGCCAAUUGGGACAGAGCUGGGGUUCAGACCCUGGCCUCCUGGCACCCCCACUGCAGCGCCCUCCCUGCUCCCCCACACUUCGCCCCCUCCAGAACCUCCUUCUGCUGUGGACCCUCCUGAACUGUGGUUUAGGGGGCAGUGCUCAGGGUCCAGGUGAGUGGACCCCGUGGGGUUCCUGGAGUCGCUGUUCCAGCUCUUGUGGGCGGGGUCUCUCCGUGCGCAGCAGGCGCUGCUUCUGGUUUCCUGGGGGAGAGCCGUGCUGGGGAGACUCCCACGAGUACCACCUCUGCCAUUUGCCGGACUGUCCCGUAGGGGCCAUUCCCUUCCGAGAUCUCCAGUGCGCCCUCUACAAUGGCCACCCUGUCCUGGGCACCCAGAAGACUUACCAGUGGGUGCCUUUCUAUGGUGCGCCCAACCAGUGCGACCUCAACUGCCUGGCCGAGGGCCACUCCUUCUACCACAGCUUCGGCCGCGUCCUGGACGGCACCCCCUGCAGCCCGGGGACCCAGGGGCUCUGCGUGGCUGGCCGCUGCCUCAGCGCCGGCUGUGACGGUUUGCUGGGCUCGGACGCCCGCGAAGACCACUGCGGCCGCUGCGGCGGCACCAACGAGUCAUGCUUUUUGGUGCAGCGCGUGUUCCGAGACUCCGGUGCCUUCGCUGGGUACUGGAACGUGACCCUGAUCCCCGAGGGUGCCAGACACAUCCGUGUAGCCCACCGGAGCCGCAACCACCUGGCGCUGAUAGGGGGCGACGGGCGCUACGUGCUCAACGGGAACUGGGCGGUCAGCCCACCCGGGACCUACGAGGUGGCGGGCACCCGUGUGGUCUACACCCGCGCUGCAGGGCCAGAGGAGUUGCUGAGCGCGGCUGGGCCCACGUCCCAAGACCUGCUCCUGCAGGUCCUCCUGCAGGAGCCCAACCCCGGCAUCGAGUUCGAGUUCUGGCUCCCGCGGGAGCGCUACGGGCCCUUCCAGGCGCAGGCGCAGGCCCUGGGCUGGUCCCUGCGGCAGCAGCAGCCUCGGGAGGUAGAACCGGAGGCCCCCGACCUCCGCGCAGCCCCAGCUCCCAGCGCCCCUCGCGCCCCGACCCCGGCCCCAGAGCCCUGCAGACGCUGCCCCGACACCCGAGGCCGCGCUCCCCGGCUGCUGUACUACUGCCGGAGCGACUUCGUGUUCAGGGCCCGAGUGCUGAGCCGCCUGCACCAGGCCGAGGAGACGCGCUAUGAGGUUCAAGUGCAGCUCAUCUACAAGAACCGCUCGCCGCUGCGGGCCCUCGAGUACGUGUGGGCACCGGGUCGCUGCCCCUGCCCCCGACUGGACCUCCACCGCGAGUACCUGCUGGCUGCCCAGCGCCUCAUCAGCCCGGAUGGCACUCAAGACCGACUACUGCUGCCCCACAUGGGCUAUGCCCGGGCCUGGAGCCCCGCCGAGGAGAGCCGUGUGCGCCUGGCCGCCCGCCACUGCCCUGUCUGAGCCCUUCGACAAGGCCCUUGCCACAUGCAGCAAGAAAGAUAUGCCGGACGAGGCUCAAACUCAGCAUAUUUCCCCUCUUGCCCUGGCUUCCAGCGAGCUUAGAAAUAUCUCCCGUCCACAGCUAUGUGACUUCCCAUCACACGUGCUUAGACGGCCCUGCACAUGGUCAGAUCCACUGCCGUGACCAGGAGCCAGUGGUGAGGACGCACUGAAUAGACCCGAACUCAUUUCCUCUCUCACUCUGGCUGCCAGGAAACUCGUAGAUAUUUUACACUUUGAAA